AUCCCUGGCCCUGAACACUGCGGGAGAAACUGCUCCAACUGAACUCUCCCCUCUUCAGAGAGGAGGAGCUAUUCAACUGGAACACAAACCUAUAAAUCCAUGUGGAGGUGGCACUGAGUUACUGAGCCAAGUGGCAGAGGGACUUCCAUAAGGUUUAGAGAAACCAGGAGACAGCUGUCAUGGCGGGGAAGCCCUUGCUUCACUACUUCAAUGGACGGGGCAGGAUGGAGUGUAUCCGGUGGCUCCUGGCUGCAGCUGGAGUGGAGUUUGACGAGGAACUUAUAAAGAAACCUGAAGACAUAAAUAAGUUAAAAAAUGAUGGGAGUCUGAUGUUCCAGCAAGUGCCAAUGGUUGAAAUCGAUGGGAUGAAGCUGGUGCAGACCAGAGCCAUUCUCAACUACAUCGCCAGCAAAUACAACCUCUAUGGGAAAGACACAAAGGAGAGAGCCCUGAUCGACAUGUAUGCAGAAGGCUUGAAGGACCUCAGUGACAUGGCCAUGUUCCUCCCGCUCUCCCUGCCCAGGGAGAAGGAGAUGAACCUUGAAUACAUCCUUGAAAGAGCCACAACAAGGUUCUUCCCCAUCUAUGAGAAGGCGCUAAGAGACCACGGGCAAGAUUUUCUGGUGGGUGAUCAGCUGAACUGGGUGGAUGUACAGCUCCUUGAAGUCAUCUUAAUGGCUGAAGAGUGGAAACCCAAUGUCCUCUCAGGCUUCCCUCUGCUGCAGGAAUUUAAGGCCAGAAUCAGCUCCAUUCCCACAAUUAACAAAUUUCUGCAGCCUGGAAGCCAGAGGAAACCUCCAUUAGAUGAAGACUCCACUGAGGUCAUGAAGAAUAUAUUCAAAUUUGAACAUGGCAUGUUUCUUAAAAACAUGGGUACAAUAAUAGCUGAGUAUUAACAAAUGAAGUGGUCU